AUGUCAUCCACCCCGUGCAUCGUCCGAGUCCCACCCGAGCUGCUCUGCCAAAUAUUUGCAGCGACUCUCCCCUCCAGCGAAGACCCUGACAUAUCGCCCAACUCCGGCGCCUACCUCCUGACCCAAGUCUGCCAGGAAUGGAGACACGUCGCUAUCACCGACCCACGCCUCUGGGCCGCCUUCAAAGUCUCCCUACGCCCGUCCACAUCCCCGACGCGUGUCCAUGCCGUCAUACUCUUCCUCACGCGCUCCGCCUCGCAGCCCCUGUCCAUCUCCCUCGUUGCACCCGACCAAUUCAAGCAAUUCGACCCCGACACGCGCAAGCUCGCCACCUCCAUCAUCCACCUCCUCACGAAGCACGCAUCGCGCUGGUCGCGCAUCUCACUCGUCCUCCCCUCAUCCAGCACGCUCUUCGCCUCCCUAUCCACCUUCCCCGCCCCCGAACUGACCCGGCUCUCACUGGAUCUGGGGAACUGGACAUACGAGGAAGCCUCCAACAUAAACAACCUCCUUAUGCGGGCCCCGGCGCUGCGGCACUUCUCCUGGAGCAACCGCGCUUCCUGGGGGUCCUGGGAUGCUGUGUUUGACACCGGUGUGGAGAAGCUUCGGGCCCCUUGGCAUGCGCUGACCAACAUCCUCCUCGACACUCACGUUACCUUCAAGGUCGCACUCGCUGUGUUACCAGGACGUGACCAGAUAGCUACGAUUUCGUCCGAGGACCCACUCAAAGCCCGUAUUCACCUCCCAUAUCUUGAAAGGUUGUCAAUAUUUCAACACACCCUCGAUGAUGGCCUCAGCACCCUUCUCACCAAGUCGAAUGGCCCCAAUCAUUAUGCAGCCUCGAAUCUCUCAUCCUAG